CAUGUUAGCGAAUCCAAUUGACUGCUGACAAUGGAAAGCGUCAACAUCGGGUCGACGGCGGUCUCCGCGACACACCAAGGCAAGAGCAUGACGCCGGAGCAAUUCCGGUUUGCUUGUCGUAAUGGCAGCUUUCAGUCCAAUUCGGCAGGUUUUUGUCCAGGAUUUGCUCAAGCCAACUUGGUCAUCUUGCCAAAGGAGCUCGCGUUUGACUUCUUGCUGUUCUGUCAGCGCAAUCCGAAGCCUUGUCCUCUUUUGGAAGUUUCUGACCCCGGUUGCAUGGAUCUCCGUCGGUUUGCCCCGAAUUCAGAUAUCCGCACCGAUCUACCCAAGUACUGCGUGUACAAGCAUGGAGUCAUGACGGAUGAAGUUGUCGAUAUCAAGGACUACUGGCGCGACGACUUGGUGACAUUCUUGCUCGGUUGCUCGUUCAGCUUCGAGGAUGCUCUUCAAAAUGCCGGGCUGAGGAUCCGCCAUCUAGACGAAGGGAAGAACGUGCCCAUGUACCAAACCAACAUACCCUGCGACGCGGCGGGGGUGUUUUCAGGGAACAUGGUGGUCAGCAUGCGCCCAUUCUCCCCGGCGGAUGCCAUUUUGGCCAGCGUCAUCACUUCACGCUACCCCAACGUUCACGGAAGUCCUGUCCACAUCGGCGACCCCGACGCAAUUGGCAUCGCCGACAUCUCAAAGCCGAAUUAUGGCGAUGCUGUUACCAUUCGUCCUGGAGAAAUUCCUGUGUUUUGGGCGUGCGGUGUGACCCCUCAGAACGUCUUGCUUGCUAGCAAACCGGCGUUUGCCAUCACGCACGCUCCUGGCCACAUGUUCAUCACAGAUCGACGAAACGACACUCUUUAACACCUCGAGUGGGAUCUUAUGCUAUCUCGUUUGUGUCUGGAACUCCAAAUACUGCGAUAUAGUUGUGUGGUCGUGCCGCUUGGCGGCGCGGAGGGCGGCAUCAGCAUGUGUUCGGACUUCUUGGCCUCGAUGAACCCACAGAAACAUAACCAUGUCCAAGUGUCCGUUCUGUGCGGCCCAAAUCAACGCGUCCGCCGUGCAACCUUCUCGUCGCCGUACGUGGAGAAACUCGACGACGUCCAUGUGUCCGUUCGCGGCCGCCAGGUCCAUCGCCGCACUCGUGCAUCCUUCGCUGCGAUUCUCGUGCAAAAACUCGACUAUGUCGAGGUAGCCAUGCUGGGCCGCCGCGUCCAUCGCGUCUGUUGUCGCGCCUUCGUGACGAUGGUCGUGCAGAAAGUAGACUAAAUCCAAGUUGCCUGCUUCGGCGGCCCAGUUGAGCGCGUCGGCGGAGCAUCCUUCUGCACGGUGGAAGUGCAGAAACUGGACCACGUCCAAGUGUCCGUUUUGCGUCGCAAAGUCCAUCGCGUCGAUCGUGCCGCCCUCGGUGCGGUGGAAGUGCAGAAAUGCAACGAUCGCCAGGUGACCGUUUUCCGCCGCCCCGUCCAUGGCAACAUGCGUACAUCCAACGGACGAGUGGUCAUGGAGGAACCGCACAAGAUCCAAAUGCCCUCGAGUCGCGGCACUGUCCAUUGCGUUGGUGCUGCAUGAAUAUUGAUGCUGCAGCAAGUACUCCACAACUGCAAGAUGGCCAUGUGCGGCAGCAGCGUCGACUGCCGUGGUAUCGGAGCCACGCAACGCGGGAUGGCGAGUGUGGGACUGGAGCUGGUGCAGGAACUGUACAAUAUCUAAGUGGCCGAAUCGAGCAGCACAUGUCAGAGCUUGCGGGGAUAUCGUGUGCUCCUGGCAACGGGCACAGCGCUUGACGACGUGGACAUCGCCUUCGAAGAUUGCAACAUGCAGGACAAAGCGGGGAUCCGAUACCUCCGGGAGGUACAAGUCUUGAGCGACGUGCAUCUGGCUGUCAAAGAAUCGCUGAUACCGCAACGGGGCACCGACGUUGUAUCGAAAGUUGGCGUGGGUCUGGAUGAACGCCCUCCAUUCUGCAAAUCGCGGGUGGAGGUCGGCAAAUAGACCGGGCUGGAAGUGCUGGAUUGUUGUCAAGAGCGAUGGAUUGAACAACACAGACAUAAAUGUCACUGCAUGGUCCCGUCGAAGCAGACUUCGCCGCGUGAUACGUCGCUUUCGAUCGUGCUGAGGAGAUGGAGGCCUCGGUCGCGGUGCCAACGCAGGUGGUGAGAUUGUCACGUCAUGUCGACGUGGUUCUGGUUGAAUCUGCGUCGGUUUGGUAAAUAGACCACACAACGGUUUGCACGUGAAGUACCGCACGCCGUUGACAGCUCCGUCCGACUUGCCUUCUUCAGGAGUGUCCAACUCAACGCCAACCCAGACACCCUUGGCAAACUCUGUGGGGCCGAGGAAGCGAAGCAUGCCCUGCCGUCCACCAGAGACAAUCACACGGCUUCCAAUCGUUGCAAGACACUCCCAUGGUGCGCGGCGAUGCUUCUCGGGGGUCGCCCAAACUUCGUCCGCGCAGGAACGCGCCAUCGCAAUCGGCCAAUUGGACUCGGACGCGGCUCGUUUCCCCCCAACACCAAAUGAGGUAGACAACUGUACUGGACUAAGGGCAAUUGCCGUAUCUCACCUAGGUCCCAGUGAAGCAGGCUCUCGCGGACUCCAACACAGCUACCAGCUCUCGUCUAGCAGAGGGGAUGGCGCCUUCUCCGCAUCCGCCGCACUCUACUAGCACAGAGUGCGUGGCUCCUGCCGCCAGUGGCUUCGUCCUUGACCGCCUUUCGUGGCUCAGUUUCUAC